GCUGCCACAUUGACUCGAGAGCGGCCGCGACGCCCCGCGCGAGCCCGUGCGAGCGCGCGCGCUGGUGCGCCGCGCCGCCUGCGAGCUUUGCGCGGGCGCCGAGCGCGACGCCCAACGAGAGACUCCGCCCGGCGCCGCCUCGACUCGCGCGACCCGUGUCUGACCUUCGCGCCCUCCGCAGACACACUAUCUAAAAUGGCCAAGCUCGCUCUCGCUCUCCUCGCCGCCCCGGCCGUCGCCUUCGUGGCCCCCGGCCAGCAGGCCGCCUCCAAGGUCGUCGUCAAGGGCGACAUCGGCGUCGACCCCGGGCCGAUCGACCCCUCCGGCCCGUUCUGGGAGGACCAGGAGGGCCUCGCCCGCCGCCGCGCCGUCGAGAUCAAGCACGGCCGCAUCUCCAUGAUGGCGUUCCUCGGCAUGAUGGUCCAGGAGCUGGGCAUCACCUUCCCGGGCUCCAUCAACCUCGAUGGCUCGGUGCAGUUCUCGGACAUCCUCAAGGACGGCAUGGGCUUCCCGGCGGUCGCCAACAUCCCGACGUUCGGCCUCUUCCAGAUCGUCGCCUUCGCCGGCUUCGCCGAGAUCGGCGCCAUGCCCGCGGCCCAGUACACGGGCGGCCCGCAGAACCUCCCGGGCGGCUACGACGGCUCGGUCGGCACCAUCUCCGGCGGCUACCCGUUCACGACGCAGAUCGAGGACGUCACGGCGCGCAACCGCGCCCUCACGUGCGAGCUCCAGAACGGCCGCGCGGCCAUGCUCGGCACGUUCGGCGCCAUGUGCCACUCGUGCGUCGACUCGUGCGACCACCACUUCUUCUACCCGAUCACGCACAACUAA